CUCGAAUUGCUUUACUUUACUUUCUUGAUUAUGUUUGGAUUGAAUAGGCAUUCUAGUUAUUCUUUAGGUUAACUUGAAUGGGCAUCAUACUUCCAAAAUAGCGUUCUGUUAAGGUAGCCCAGGGGAAGUGGAUGAAUUCUAGAAGUGACCACUUGGGGUAGCUGCUACAAGUUGACAAAUGGUAACAAAACCUCAAGUUGACAUCUGCGCUGACGACAAGCAGCCACUCAGGUUGUACUUUCGUGACUUGAACCAAUGAAAAGUUAGCUACUUGGGGAGACAUACUCGGAAAGUCGUUCUCCUUUGCUUCUUUUUCUGUCUCAGCCUGAGAAGUCUUAAGGCAGUAGCAGAGCCCUUUCAUCAAGGCUACAGCAGCUACAACCAAAGAGAAUCAGCGUGAAAGGGGUGACAAGAGACGAUAGUGCCUGGUGGCAUUGUCUACUGAGAGGGUCGUCAUGGCAACAGACAUGGAGCCCACAGUCACUACCAAACUCCUGCACCUCAUCUUCCUCUCCACCUUUUGGGGAAUGCAGAUAUGGGUCACAUUUAUUUCCAGCUUUGUGAUGGACAACCACCUUAACAGACACACGUUUGGGUUCAUUCAGAGCCGGCUGUUUCCAUUCUACCAUCACAUUGGUUCAGCCUGUGCCUUCUUCAAUCUGGCUAUAUUUGCUGUCCACCACCCUAGUGAUCUUCUGGAUGAAAAGGAAGCUUUCCAGAUCUUCAUAUUCUUUGUGUGUGUGACGGUGGCUGCCAUCAAUGCCCAGUGGUUUGGCCAGAUGACGUCCGAGAUCAUGGCAGAUAUGCACCUCAUCGAGCAAGCCUGUGGACUGGGUCUGGACAUUGGCCUCUCUUCAAAUCGCGAGGCCUACGCUAAGCUCUGUGAGUCUGACCCCAAGUACAAGAGGCUAAGCAACCGCCUCUGGCUCUACCACCUACUGUCAUCUCUGUGCAACCUAUGUUGCAUAGUUUGCAAUGGCUACAGUCUGUACUACCUGGCCGAAAACCUUUCCACCAUCUGAUUCCACAAGAACUGUGCCCCUGCCGAUGUGCUUUACUCACUCAAGAUGCAAUACAGCAUUCAUGCGUCUAUGUAAGCAUCAACCCUUUCAGACACUCAGGUACCUCUGAUGCUUGCAAAGAAGAAUUCUUUUUGAUGAUUUUUUUUUAAUGUAUAUUUACACAAGUAUAUUUAUGUGUGUUUUUUUUUUUUUUUUAUUUUUUUUUUUUUAAAUGUAUCCUGGACAGUCUUUCUUGACAAUCCAAAUGGUUGUGGUAGUCUGCUGCAUGUUCUGUGAGUGAUGGUUUAAUGCUGAUUAAUAUGACCAGCUGUAGCAACUGCCCCUUGACUUUGAUGAAAACAAAGGGAAUAUGCGUUUGUUGUUUGCUCGUCUUUGGUGACUCCAUGAUAUGUUUGUGACUUUGAAAACGUAUGACAUGCCAAGUGCCUUUGUGUGUUAGGUUAGAUACUCACUGUUCUCCUUUUUGAGUGGCAAAUGUACCUUGACUGUUGUUCCAUAGACAUUUAACCUUUCACCUGGAUUGUUUGGUUGGUUGUGCUCCACUGCCAUUCUUACAUGCCAAAUACUCUCUCUCUCUCUCUCUCUCUCUCUCUCUCUCUCUCUCUCUCUCUCUCUCUCUCUCACUGACACACAUACACACAGUGAACUCCCUUUUUCAUGCAGUUGACUUCCUUUGUCCUUCUUGUUGUGUAUGUAUAUGUUAGUUUUUACUCCACUCUUUAAUAUGCAUUGGUUCUCAGACACAAACCAUUGUCCGUGCAUGUAUACCACUCUCUUUGUCUCUAUGAGACGAAGUGCCUGAACCUGACCCCGCUGUGCCGGUUUCCCUCUCUCUCUCUCUCUCUCCCCGUGGAAUGCCACUAGGCCUGUUAUGCUGGUGGCACCAAGGAGAUCCUCACUCAAGGCUUGGGGUGUCAAUGCUUGUCUUGUAUCUGUGGAAAAUUGUUUCAAACCAGAUGGAGGCUUUUUUCCCUCUGCUACUUAUGCUUCACCCUGUGGACAUUUGUGACUGUGGUCAGUUACUGAUACUGUCAGUAUGAGCAUUUGUGAGGAGCUAAUUAUGUGACACCUUCCGUGAUGUCACAUAAUUAGCAGUCAGUGUCAAAUGUCAAAAAAAGGUGCAUCGAUGCUAAGUCAUCCUUUUACUACUGCAUGUUUCUAUGCAAGGGCAUACCAUUGUUCUAGUUUUUUAUUUAUUUUUUUGUCAAAUAAAUUCCCCAAACUGGGAUCCACCAAGGAAGGUUUUUUUUUUUACUGUUUACAGCACGUCAUGUGCCUGAUGAAUUAGUGUGGACUUCUGAUUUAGCCUACGUAGUGAUUUUCUUUGUAUUUGUAUACUGUCAGUUGUCCAUUCCUCUAGCAGUGUCAAACAAGCCCAGUCUUGCCACUUCCACUUGAAAUCCUGAACGAGGAGUUUAGACUAGGAUACACAGUAGCCUGCCAUGCAUACAUCCUCACAUUCAGGCUUCCCAGCCAAAUGAGAACGUGGAUUUUUGUACUUGAAUGUCAUUUGUAUCAAGUGUCCAUGCAUCAUCAAGCGGUAGUAAUGAUUUGCUGGUAUUGUACAGCAACAUGGAAAGGCAUGUAUGACUUCUGGUCAGUGGCUUUAAGAACUUUAAUGACCAAAGAUUUAUUCAUUGAAUUAUUACACACCUCCAUGGACAUUACCUGGCUAUCUUUGAGUAACUAAGUGUGGAGAUUUGAAAAUGAAGAGUUUGGUUCCAAAACUCGAUAUCUCCGUUUUUAAAAACAUUAAAAGGUCAUGCUAUUAAAUUGUGUAUUUCAGGUAAUAUCAAAUUGCAGUUGUGCUGUUUUAAUUGAGUAAAGAUAAAUAAAAUAACAAUUCACAAAUGCAGUUCUAAUGAAAUGACUGAAAACAUGAAAACAUUAAAAUGGUGGAUAUAGUGUUUUGGAACCAAACUCUUCAAUUAUUAAAUUGGUCUCAUUACUUUGUCUGAAUUUUCAAUAUUAACCCAAUUUCAGUCGUCUAUACUGCCUGUUGAUGUAACUCCCAUACAUGUAAAUUAUGCAAGAGGUUAAGGUUUGUUUAUAGAUGCCAUUUGUAGGUCUACAUUAUGUGCUAAGUAUUUAUUUUGGAAUGUGCAAAUGAUGUGAUUGGAUGGUGGGAGUUAAUGAGAUUACUGAAAGUGGGUAGAGAACACCUUAAGUUUUGUAAUCCAUUAAAUAAAUUGGACUGAUCACAGCGCUUCAAA